UGCAGCCAUCCCGUUUUUUUUUAUCUAGCUGAUGGAUGAAGAACUCAAUGAUUCUGAUGUAACAUUAGAUGAUUCAAUACAUUCAGAUGAAAACGAUGAACUUGUAAAUUUGUUAGAUGUUCCGUAUACCACUACCGAGCCUCGCGAAGAGGAUUCACUCGAAUAUGAGAUAUUACAUCCUAAUCAAUUAUCACAAUUAAUGUUUGAUAUUACUAAAGAAGUUGAACAAAUAAUUCAAAUUUCUCCUACAUAUUUGCGACUAUUGCUUGCUCAUUUUAAAUGGGAUAAAGAUGCAUUGAUGGAAUUUUAUUUCGAACACGGGAAAGCAGAUACAUUUACUCAAGCAGGUAUUGUAGACCCUAUAGAUAUCCCAGUAACAGAAUCAAAGGAUUUAUGUGAAAAGCAAAAUGAAAUCGUUUGUGAUAUAUGUUUUCUACCAACUACUCCAAGUCAAAUGUUUGGAUUGUCUUGCGCUCACUACUUCUGUUUAGCCUGUUGGCAUCGUUAUCUUAAAAUUAAAAUAAUGGAAGAAAGUCAAAUUGAUCGGAUUUAUUGCCCUUCAUCUACUUGUCGCAUAAUUGUUGAAGAUGAGGUUGUAUUUCAAAUGAUUACUGAUCAAAAUAUACGCAAGCAUUUUUACAAGCUGAUAUCUAGUAGUUUUGUCCUCCACAAUCGUGCGUUGACUUGGUGUCCGGGUGUUAACUGUGGACAUGCCGUGCGCUGCUUUGGCCCCCGAGAGCCGUAUCAAAUUACUUGUACAAACUGUGGUGAGUGCUUCUGUUUCGCCUGUGGUCAACCAUGGCAUGACCCAGUUCGAUGUGAACAGUUGAGGACAUGGAUUAAAAAGCUUGAAAAUGAUAGCGGUACGCUUGGCUGGAUUGCGGCGAAUACUAAAGAGUGUCCAAAAUGUCGUGCAACUAUAGAGAAAAAUGGUGGUUGCAAUCAUAUGACCUGUCGCAAUGUUGAUUGUAAGCAUGAGUUUUGUUGGAUGUGUCUAGAUCGUUGGGAACCGCAUGGAUCGCGAUGGUACACAUGUAAUCGUUAUGAUGAUUCUGCUGCUAAAUUGGCUAGAGAAGCUCAAGCUAGCUCAAGGUUGUCACUUGACCGCUAUCUUUUCUAUUCAAAUCGUUAUUUAAACCAUAUGCAAUCUUUGAGAUUCGAGGCACGCCUGUAUGAAACAGUACAAAGUAAAAUGGAAACAAUGCAAGCUCAUGGGACAUCUUGGAUAGAUGUUAAGUUUUUCAAAAAAUUAGUUGAAAUUCUUUGUCGAUGUCGUAGAACAUUAAUGUAUACUUAUGCUUUUGCUUAUUUCUUGAAAAAAAAUAAUCAUUCAUUAAUAUUUGAAAGUAAUCAAAGUGAUUUGGAACAGUCUACAGAACAAUUAUCGGAAUAUCUAGAUCGUGAUUUAUCUAAUAUCAAUUUAAAUGAAUUAAAACAGAAAAUGCAAGAUAAAGCUAGAUAUUGUGAAAGUCGUCGAAAUGUCCUUUUAGAUCACGUACAUGAAGGUUAUGAUAAAGGAUUUUGGGAACAAUCCGACGUUUGUUAAUAUAUUUGCUUAAUUGUUUGUCCAUCCAUCCUCACGCACAUAGACUAUCAUAGUAUUUGUCUCUUUAUGUGUAUAGUUUAUAUUUUUUUGAUUACUAUGAUCUCGUUGAUAUCAAUUUUUCUAUUUUUCCUCGUUCAUGAGUACCUCAGUAGUUUUGCAAAUAUAUGUGCACUUUCAGUGUAACAUUAAUAAAACAUGAAUGAUGGAAAUUUAACCAAAUCAGGUCAUUAUUACAUGUUUAUAUAUUUUUGUCUUUUCUAAAACUCCUUUAAUCAGCAACUAUACUGUUCGCAUUCCUGAGCCUUACCACCCUUCCCAACUUCGUCUCCUUGUUGAUGUAUUUCUGAAAUGUCCCUUCUCCUAGAAUCAUCUCUUAAUUAUUAAAAAACGUUAUUCUUGUGGUUAGCAAAGUUCUAAUAAUUGAGAUCGCCACUAAUUUCACUAACAACCAUAGCAGCAUACAAAUUAAUAAUGCUAAAUCGGUAAAAAUUUUCCCUUGCAUUCUGUUAUUUUGCCAUGUACAGUCCUGUUCCCGCUCUUAUUUAUUCAUUUAUGUUUUCACACCAUCACUAAGCAUGUUUACAAAGAUACAACUGUAUAACGAUUGCUCUGAUCAAAUAUUCUAGUUACUUUGACGUCUUCGCCAACAUUUGAUCAAGAAAUCUCGCUUAUAAGAUAGGGAAGCGUUUGUUAGUUGUCAUCACUUUUUUGAAUGUAGACUAAAUACUACUUACAAAUAUGCAUACAUGUAACAUAUUUUGAAGUACACAUAUUGUUUGCACCCGCUGUCAGGACUCUUUCGUUUAUUAUUCUAUUUCUUUUCACCCAUGAACUCCGUUUAUGGAUUACUUACAUUUUGGUUUUCUGAUCGUCUAGAUAAAUAGCAUCGCAAGAAGUUCGAUGUCCACCCUGUGUUGAGUUUUCAUUAACAAUUGCCUU